AUGGUCUCGGCGUAUCGCACAUCCUCCUCCAACGGUGGAGGUGGGAGGGGCAUGGGGAUCAGUGAGGCACAGCAUAAUGCUGAGGCAUUGUUUGAGAGCCAAACGGUGGUGGAAACAAAGACCAAGGUUGACAUUGAGGACAAGAAGAAGCAGCUCCGACUGCUAGUGGGCAACUCCUACAGGGACUUGAUUUCCAGUGCCGAUACAAUUCUGGACAUGACAACUUGUUGCAAUGGGGUGGUGACCAACUUGAAGGAGAUCCAGGUGGCCUUCCUGGGAGGACUUGCAGAGUUUAAGGCUGAUGUGUCCCACGGCGAGCAGAACGAAAAACAGACCUCUGCAUCCAGCGAGGAACGCCUUGCACUUUACUCAUUGGGCGGGCGGGUCAAGUACCUGGUGGACACCCCGGAGAUUAUCUGGGGCUGCCUGGACGCUCGCGAGUUCCUGGCAGCUGCCCGGCGCCUGCUGCGCGCCUCCCAUGUACACUCCACUCUCAUGGCUGGGCCUCAAAGGUCCCUUGUGGACCGCCGCUUCCCACUAAUAGCACAUCUGUGGCCCAAUGCCCGGAAGUUCAGGGAACAAAUCCUGGAACUGGCCAGUCAGUGGCUUCGGUCUGAGGCCGUGCUCCCUCCCGCUGAGGUUGCCACGACUCUUGCAGCUGUGGCGUUUCUGCAAGACCUUGACACCACCCAGGUGCUGGAGUCUUUCCUUGACGCCAGGCGAGCGUGGGUGAUCAGUGCUUUGGAGAGAGCGCUUGAGAAGGGGCCAUUGUCUGUUCAGGAGCUCUCCCACAACCUGGCAAAAGUGUCAGCACAAGUCCAGGAGACUAUCUGCACGGUGGGUGAGGUGUUCCUGUCGAAAGUGUCAGGACUGGAGCGCCAGCCGCUGCUGCCACAGGCGGCGGCCAAUGACGGCCUGGCCGGUGCAGCGCUGCUCUUCGGGCCGGUGCCCAGCGGGCAGACUGGGCAGUCCGAUGCAAAAGCCUGGCAGGCCCGCAGCAGCGAGAUGGCUGCGCGGCUGACGGCGCUGCCGGCUGCCGAUGCGGCCGCGGCGUGCAGCCGGUGGUUGGAGCGCGCAGCAGCCGACGCGCGGCCGGCACUGGGCCGGCUGCUUCAGGGCUGCACAGCUGCUGCUGCGCUGUCCAGUACCGAGCAGACCCUGCAUGCAGCCAUUGCGGCCUGGCGGCAUGAAGCUCCUGCAGAGGAUCCAAUUCCAGAUGUGCUAUCGCCGACCAGCCGGACACCGCACAGUGCGCGCAGCGACGCCUUCAGCCCCUUUGCAGCCGUGCAGCUGGAUGGAGGCGCCAAUUCAGGCACCAUGCCAGACACCUGGGAGGCGGUCUGCGAGUGGGUGCUCGGGCAGCGAAUGGACCUCUGGGACGCCGUUUUCGAGCCAAGGGCUAAGGAGUUGAUUGAGGAGUCCUUCCAUGGCAUAAUUGCUGCUAUGGAAGCUCCACUGUCCAGCAGCCUCGAUGCAGCCAAGCAGGCCCAUGCGGCGCCUGCCGGAGCAUUCCAGGCACCUUCCUGGCCGGAGGACGCCCCCUCAUUCGCGCCGUCAACUCCCACGCGGUCAGCUCCGCGAAAGCGCCUGCGCAUGGACAGGGCAAACGAUGAAGCAGAUCAAAGCGCAGCGCAGACCAGCCAGGGAAGCGGGGCUGACACAGCAGCCAGCCAAAACUGGCGCCUGCAUGUGCGCGAGCUGCAGACAGUUAUGGACGGCGGCCUGAGAGACGCGCUGUCCGGAGCGCUGCUCCUGCUUAAGAAGCCGGCCAAGGAGAAGCAGCGGUCCGGGUGGGAGCAGUGGAGCAGCCGCGCCAGUGGUGCCGGCCGAGCCGCGCGCGCGCCGACCGGCCGCGCCGCCAUCCUGGAGCCGCACAUCCAGCAGGCAUGCGCGGCCGCGUCUACCGCCGUCGCCUCGGCGCUUGACGGCCGGCUCGGCGCGCUGCCGCCGGCCGCUGACGGCGGCGCCGGGGCCGCUGUUGUGGAGCAAGCUCUCCUACUCGGUCGCCUGAGCGCCUCUUUUGGCGCGCACAGCACCUUCCUGCCUGUGGUCCUGGGCCCACCUGAAAAUUGGCGCGGCGCUCUCUCAGACUCCGCCUCAGCCAAACAAGGCGCACUGCAGCAGCGUGCAGCCACAAGCAGCGUUGCCACUGCUGCGCAGCACCUUGAGUCUCUGCAACUAGAAUUUGGAUCGGUGGCAUUGAAGGCGCACAGCAUUUGGGCCAAGUGGGCGGCGUCGGCGUUGGGGCGCCAGCUGGCAACAGGCAUGGAGCACGACCCAGCGCUCACCUCGCACACCCCACUGCGCAACUGGGCGGACACCGUCGUCAAACAUGAGGAUGAGCUGGGCGGACCGGCGGAGGAGAUGCGCUUCCCGCUGCCGGCCGCGCCAUCUCCGGUCGCACAGGCGGCGCUGCUUGCGGCCUGCCGAGAAGUCGCGCGCGCUGGCGGCCACGCCGUCUCGGAGCCUGCCCUUGCGCUGCUCGCAUGGGAGCUCGGGAACGCCGUCCUUGCUGCCUUCAGGGAUGUGCUGCGGCUAGGCAACUCCCUGGACAGGGCCAUCACAGAGAAGGGCGUCCUGCAGCUGCUGUUCGACCUGCGAUUCCUGCGCAACUCCCUCGCAGGCGGCCGCCCCGCCGCGGCCGAUGCCGGCCCGGCUGCAAAUGCGCGCCUGGCCAGGAGCGGCGGUUCCAGCACCGCAGCCCUCUCGCAGCGCAAGCGCGCAUUCUCCGACAUCGAGAGCGCUCUGCAGGAGCGUCUGGACCCCAUCGACUGGGCCACCUAUGAGCCCUACCUCUGGGCAAACGAGGCCACGCUGCGCCCGCGCACAGCAGUUCUCUUUGGGCCGAUCACUCGCUUGGCGCGCGCUGACGGCAGCGUUCCCUCGGGAGCAGCCCCCGGGAUCGGCCGCGGCGCGCCGGCCGGGGAGGCGAAUGUGAUGGCGGCCGCGCCACAGGCCCCCCGCUUCGCGUAUCUCCCCAUCUCCACCCCCUCGCUGGGGGGCGCUGCUGGGGCGCGACGGCCGGGGGCGUUCCCCUCCGGGACCCCCACCUUUUCGGGCAUGGAGAAGCACUUGGGCGACUACUCUUUCUCCGGGCUGUCAACAAGGGGCGAGGAGGGCAGCCUUGCCGAACAGGCCGCACAGAGCGCCGCUGCCUCAACGUUCGAGGCGCUGCAGAGUAAGAUCACCAGCCAGAGCCAGCGGCUUGGAGUCUUCGGCUCGAUGCUGGGAGACAAGGCCGCAGAAGUGACGGCCAUGGCGCAGCAGAGCUUUGGUGACAUCUCGCUGCCAUCAGCGCUGACGUCAGCGCUCGGCACCUCCGGCACUGACCGCAGCGCCGCCGGCAGUCUGCUGUCUGCCGCGGCCGCGGCAUAUGUCAUGUGA